UAUGACAAUGUUUCUCCCCAGGAGUUGCACAUGGACCAGCAGGCUAAGAAGCACCUUCAGGAGGAGUUUGAUGCUGCCCUGGAGGAGAAGGACCAGAUGAUUACUGUGCUUCAGACCCAGGUUGCCCUGAUGAAGAAACAUCUGAAGGGGGUUCCUGGUGGAGCUGUGGCCCCUGAGGUUGAACAUCCUCUCCAGGCUGAAGAUGCUUCAGACUCCACCUCUUCCCCACAGAGCCCCUUUAAAGAUGCAGAGGGCGUCACUGACCCAUCUAAAAGCAUGGAGGUGCUGCAGAAGAGGGUGACGCGCCAGGAGAAUCUGCUCCAGAAGUGUAAGGAGCUGCUCAGGACACACAAGGAGCGCAGUGCCCAGCUGACCAGUGAGAAUGACACUCUGCAGGAGCAGCUGCAGGAGAGACUGCAAGAGCUGGAGAAAACCAAGGAGCUGCACACCACAGAGAAGACCAAGCUCAUCACCCAGCUGCGUGAUGCUAAGAACCUUAUUGAACAGCUGGAGCAGGACAAGGGCAUGGUCAUAGCAGAGACAAAGCGUCAGAUGCAUGAGACUCUGGAGAUGAAGGAGGAGGAGAUCGCCCAGCUCCGCUCCAGAAGCAAGAUGGCCGCCGCCCAGAGAGAGGAACUGCAGGAGCAGAAAGAGAAGUCUGAGAAAGCAGGGUUUGAGGAGCUAGAGAAGGCUCUGGCCAUGGCCCAGAGGGCUGAGGAGGCACGGAGGCUGCUGCAACUCCAGCUGGAGGAACAGGUGAAGGAGGUAGUGCAGGUUGGGGAAGAGGAGAGGAGGAGUCUGCAGCAGGAGCUCACCAGGGUCAAGCAGGAGGUGGUAACCAUCAUGAAGAAAUCCUCAGAGGAGAAGAUGGCAGAGAUGGAGAAGCUACAUAGUGAAGCACUGGCCAGUAAAGAACAGGAGCUCAGCGCUCGAGUCAACCAGGCCGUGGAGCGGUGUCAAGAGGAGCUGGCCCAGGCUGCCAAGGAGUUGGAGCAGCAGUCUGCCCUUGCCCUGGAAGAUGCAGAGCUGCAGAAGGCUGCCAUAGAGACCGAGGCAGAGACCAAUGCUAAGGAAAUACUUCUGGAGCUGGAGACCACCAGAACUAGAAUUCUGGAACUGGAGAGCUCUCUGGAAAGGUACUCCCAACCUGGGUCAGUUCCGGCAUCAGAUGAUCUCUCCACUCAGAUGGAGGAGCUGAGGAGAAAACACGAGGAGGAGGUGACUGCACUAGAGGAGAAGCACCGUGAGGAGCUGGAGAAGCACAAGGUAGAGCUGCACCAGGAGGCCUUCGCCCAACACAACGCUGCCAUGGAGGAGUUCAGGGCAAAGCACAGAACUGAAGUGGAGACCAUCUUGAAGGAGAAAGAGGCCCAGUUGCAGUCCCAUGUAGAGGACAUGAACCAGAAGACAAUGGAGAAGCUUGAUGUGAAACAAACUGAGUUGGAAGCCCUUUCCUCUGAGCUCCAGGAGGUGUUGAGGAGCAAGCAGGUUCUUGAGGAGAGACUGGAUGCAGUUGAAACCGCUGGUGGGUCAUCCAGGCAGGAGCUGGAGCAGAGACUACAGGAGGUGCUGACCAAGCACAGUGUGGAUAUUGAGGAGAUCAAGCUGCAGCAUGUGCAGUCCCUGGGAGGGAUGGAAAAGACGCUAAAAGAAGAACUCAACAAGUUGAUGCUGGUGCUGAAGGAGAAAGAGAAGGAGCUUGAGGCUCACCUUGUCUGUGAGAAAAGACUGAAUGAAGAAUCAGAGAUGGUUCUUCAAGACCGGAAUGCCAAGGUUAAAGAAUUAGAGGAGCUUAGGAAGAGUUUAAAACAGGCCCAAUCCGAAAAGAAGGGCCUUGAGAAAUCUAAUGCCCAACUCCGUAAGAUCAGAGAUGAACUCUCACAGUGCAAGAGUCAGUUGAUAGAUUUAGAGCAAAAACUGGUGACAACUCGAAGUGACUGCCAACAGAAAGAGGAAUCUCUUCAACAAAAGGUACAGGAGCUUGAAGAGCUAGAGAAGCAGUUGCAGCAGGCUAAGAAGCAGCUCUCUGAACAGGAUACAUCUUACACUGAUGAACUGAACACUAAGCAAGAGGAAGAAAAGCAACUAAAGAAACAGCUAGAGGACCAGAAGGCUGCUCGUGAGAAGGUAGAAAACAUUAAGACCGACAUGGAAGCCAAGUUGAAAUCACAGGAAGCGAAGAUGGAGAAAUUUAAAACAAAGAACAAAGAGAUGCAGGAGAAAUUCAAGAAGAAGCUUCAGGAACUUGAGGAAUCUUCAAAAAAGGAGCUGGCAAAGAAGGAGUCAGAGCUAUUGCAGAAGGAACAGCAAGGUAAAGAGAAAGUCCUGGAGUCUCAGACAAGUUCAGAAGGCCUGAGCAGUGCUAUGUCCCAGCUUGAGGCCAACCACAAGGAAGAACUAGAGAAGAUGUGUGAAGUCCAUAAGCAAGAGAAGGAAAAUCUUGAGCAUCAUUGGCAGGGAAAGCUGGGACAACAGGAAGAGGAAAUACAGGAGAAACACACACAAAUACUACAGGAGAAGGUACAGGAAUUGGAGGAGGUCACCCAGCAGCUUGGAAAGACCAAAGAAGAAAAAGAGCAAGUUGUGCAGGAAGUGAAGAACAUGAAGGAGGAGUUGGUGAUGAGACAGACCACUGUGCAGAAACUGCAAGCCGAGCUUAAGGAAGCGGCAGUCAAGAUGGAGAGUUUAUCUCAAUCUGAGGCAAUGUUCAAAGAGCAAGUAGAGGUGAUAGAGAGGAAUCUAAACACGGCUCUGAAUGAGAGGAACUCCUUCCAGGAUCAGGUGAGCAAGACUGAGGAGAAGGCAAGAGAGACGAUCAAGGCUCUGUCUGAGAGGUUUGUAGACACCGAGACGCAGCUUCAAGCUCUUGAGGCUUCUAAGGGUGAAGAAGGGGAGGCCGUUCAGAGGAGGCUUGAACAGCAUUCUCUUCAAUUGGAAGUCAAGGAAAAAGAACUGCAGAAGCAGUUCACUGGGAUUAGCAACGAACUGAUGCGUUACUGCAGAGAAAUUGAGGCCAGCAUCGAAGGUGGUACGAAGGAACUCUCUGAGCGAGUCGAGAGCAGAGUGAGAGAGUUGAAAGAGAGGGUUCUGGGUAAUCAGAAGAAGGUAGCACAUCUUAAAAACGUUAUCCUUACCAAGGUUGACAGGAUACGCACUUUGGAGGAGCAACUCCAUCAGAGGACAGAGGAGAAUAAGAACCUAUGCAGUUCACUGGAGCAAAUGACUGUUCAGCUAAAUGCACACAAAGAUGAUAUCAAAGCCUUAACUGCUGAGAGGGAGUUUCUGCAGAGGGAUGCUGAGAAUCACGCUCAAGCUCUCUCAGAAAAAGUAAUUUGCAUUGAACAGCUCAGUGAGGAAAACCGAACCAUCUCAGAGAAUGUCAAAUCAAACGUUGUGCAUAUCAGCAACUUGGAGAGUAUCAUAAAUGACUUGAAGAACCAGUUAUCAGGUAGCCAUAUGAGGAAGGAUGAAGCCAUAUCACUGCUUGAUCAGCAGCACAAGGAGGAGAGACAGAGGCUUGUUUGCAAAAUGGAGGAGGUCAUUGACAGACUAGAGAAAGAGAAGAAAUCUGCAGUGGAGCAAGCCGACACCCUCAGGAACAACCUCACUGAGUUCAAGACGAAAGCAGAGUCCAAGUUCUCUCAGAACCACAAUACUGUCAAGUCUCUGCAGACCAGACUUGAGGAUAUGGAGAAACAGAUCUCUGAGAAGAACGAGGCCUUACAGAGGCUGACGGCCAGCAUUGAUAAUCAGUCCGUCAGCAAGUCGGAGAUGGACCAAGCCUUGAGUGAAAAGGAGCAGAAAGUCAGUGCCCUUUCUUUGCAAGUGGAGAGCUGCAACAGCCGGCUCAGUGAGCUGGAGGAGCAGUUGGUCCUCAGGACAAAAGAGAGUGAGCAGCUAACUGCUGACCUGAAGCAGCAGCACAUUAUCAGGGAGAGUGAGAAGCGAGAGCUCACAGAGCAUCUACAACAGACCCAGGAGCAGUUCAGAACCCAGAAUGUAAAUCUAGUCCAGGCUACAGAUGAGAAACUGCAGUCCCUGGAGAGGGAGAACCAAACUUUGAAACAAGAGCUGGAGUGGCAAAGGGAAGCCAUCGAGAAGACGAAGGCUGAGAUUUUCAAGAGCAAAGAGGAGAGUCUGAAGGCGGCUGAAGAGAGGUUGUCAAAAGACAAUGCUGGGAAAGUGACCGAGCUGAAGAAGAAAGCUGAGCAGAAAAUCAGCCAGAUUCGGAAACAGUUGACCUCACAACUUGAGGAGAAGGGAAAAACAAUCAAAGACCUUCAAACACAGUUGGAAGAGGCCAAGAUCGAUGAAGUGAGAAAGAAGCAGCAGGUGGAAACCCUGGAGGAGAAAGAAAAUUCCCUUGAGGAAGCCAUGGCCAAGAUGACGGAAGAGCAGGAGAAACGCAUUGAGCAAGUGCGUAGUGAUGAAAGACUGGAAAAAGAGAGGUCUUUACAGAGUUUGAAGGACAUUUACGAGGAAAAGCUAUCAUUACUUCAGAAAGACAUUUCAAACCAGGAGGAAGCCCUAGCCAAGCUGAAGGAAGAACAAGAAAAACAUAUUGAGCAAGUACAGAACGUCGAGAGACUUGAGAAAGAGAGCUUAUUGGAGAGUUUGAAGAACAUGUACGAGGAAAAGCUAUUGUCACUUCAGAGAGAUAUUUUGAACCAGGAAGAGACCAAAGCAAAUGAGACCCUCUCAAGGCUUGAGGAGAUUAAGAUUAAUCUUAAGGAAGUGGAGGUGGAAAAAGUAAACUUUCUGGCUGAAAUAAGCUGCCUGAAGGAUGUUCUGCUUGAGAAGACUGCACUGAUCGAACAGCAAAAGACAGAAUUGGCUAGCUUAGAAAAACAGGGUAUGAAUGCAGUGGAGGUCGUGGAGCAUUGCACUGCAGAGCAAACCAAGAGUCUCACAGCAGGCAAAGAGACGGAGAACCACUCUCUGACGCAGGAAUAUGGGGAUGCUGAAUCUCUGUCGUCCCUGCAGAAUAAGCUGGCAGAGGCAGUGCAGGAGAAGCAGAAUCUACAGAAAGACUUGCGUUCCCUAAGGAGGGAGCACGAGCAGGAUCUGGAGUAUGUGAAGAAAGAGUUGGCCCAAGAGAAUGAGAAGAAGCUCAAGCUUGAGGUCGAGGAUCUGGAGAUGAAGCAGAACUCGUCCCUGAAGCAGCUGAUGAGGGAGUUCAACACACAGAUGGCUUUGAAAGAACAGGAGAUGACUGCUGCACUGAAGGAGACCAUUGGGAAGGCCCAGAGCGUGGAGGUGGAGCUUAUGGACAACCAUCGGGAAGAGACCAAUCAGCUGCAGAAGGUGAUCGCCCAGAAAGAUGACGACUUAAACAGAACAGUCCAUCGAUAUGAGCAGGUCCUGCAGAGUCGAGAGGUGGAGAUGGGGGACAGAGUGUGGCAGGUACAGAAAGAGCUGGAGGACCUGCAGGCAAGGACCCACAGCGGCAGUGGAGAGAUGGGUGUGGAGGAGCUGCAGGCCCAGCUAGCUGAGAAGACCACCCUGCUCAGUGAGGCCAGGUUGAAGGAGCAGCAGUUUGUUGACAGGAUCCACUCACUGGAGGACAAAAUGAGAUGUGCCCACAAGAACUCAGUGUUGACUCAUAUGGGGAGCACGUUCAAAGGCCCCAGAAUCUGCAACACCACUAAGCAAGGGGCACCAACAAGCAAGCGGCACCAUGAAGACCAAGAAGCUCUCCAAACAGAUCCUGGCCAUUACCGUGCUGAGUCCUUCUCGGAACCCACAGAGUUUGAGUACCUGAGGAAGGUGCUGUUUGAGUAUAUGAUGGGGCGGGAAACUAAGACGAUGGCUAAAGUCAUAACCUCCAUGCUCAAGUUCCCACAAGACCAAGCUCAGCAGGUUCUGGAGAAAGAGGAUACAAAAGCAAUUCCUUGGCUACGAUGAGGGUCAGGUAUUAGAAUGAUGCUGGUACUUUAAGGAUGGAGGGUGGACUAAACUGCUGCUGAAGGACUAGAAUGAAGACUACUGUACCUCUGUGGACUAGCUCUAGCCCUUCUACUGUCCUGUCGGACUUCUUUUGCUUCUGACUGUGUGUGUUUGUGCGCUGUGUAGAUAUGUGUAUGAGCUGCAUAGCUAAUCUUAUGAGGGAACUAUAAAAUAUGCCAACUAAAGAUAGUAUCUAAUUCUUCCAGUCUACUUUCACAUGAUGAAAUUAGGGUUUUUAAUUUAUGAAUUAUACAAUAUUUGUUUGUUUUUUAGUCCAAAAUUAAUUAUCUUUCUUACUUAGAUUUUCUUUGGAUGGAUGGCUUGUGCAAUAAGUUUGUUUUGGUCAUUGGGUUGGUUGAUUUUUUUUUAGUUGAUUCUUUGGUUGUGUUUUCUGACAAAUGAACUGUCCAGUUUUUCCAGAUUUCUAUUAAAUAUGACCUAUAAUUAAUGACAAUAUGAGUGAAAUACUUUUCCUUUGAGAACGUAGUAUUUAAAUGCCAGAAACUAGAUUCCCUACACACUAGUCUUGACGAGAAGGAAAAAAACUGUCAGGGGAGGUUCUCUUCUGCACUGCUCAGCCAAUCCAUUAAAUGUGGAGGAGGAGUUAAGAUGGAGUUGCAACACAGGCUCUUUCCAUUUCCUCUGAAAACCAGAACAUCAGGUUGUUGGGGACUACCCAACAACAGAAUAGUGUGGGCGUAUACCGGUCAUUAAAAAUAUGAACGUGAGUAGACCGCUGAUUGGCCAGCUCAGCCAAUGAGGCAGGAUGACAUCGUUCUCUAUGAGGAAAUGGUAAGCGUUUUUUAAAUGUCUGUUUGAGAUACAAGUUUGAGGUGGGUUUUUUGAAGUGUUAUUUCUUCAAUUUAUGCUUUGCCCACAAAUAUGAGUAUAAGACUAGUCAACAACAUUAUUUGGGUAUGAGUUAACAGAAUAUGAACUUUUGGGAGAUUUUAACUGGACAGUUACUUUAAAUUGUGUUUUUCAGUUGAUCCAUGGUUGUAUUUGAGUCGAUCUUUGGUUGUUUAUAAGUUGAUUUUUGGUUGUUUCUGCUCUACGUAUCAAUUCCCCCUUGUGACUGUGUGAUGGAUCAUAGAAAUAAAAUAUCUAUGUUCUAUUUCUAUCGGUUCUUAAUAUGAAUCUGCAUUGUAUUUCUAUGGAUGAGAUGACCAUUUAACUGUACCUUCCAUUACACUCUACCACUUAGACACACUGGCUUCUAGGACCAUGUGUGUUUGUUUCCCACAGCUUUUCUACUUUAUAUUUUGUGGAGACUGACCAAAAAAAUUACUCAAAACAUAUUGUAAAGAAAAAAGUGAAUCUGUACUAUUGGGAACAAUGUGACUGUUGGCUAUAUUAAUACAUUUUGAGACGAGCUAAUACAACUUUAUUUACACUGA